GCUGACUGUUUAUCUUGUUUUGUCUCAAACUGCUGGCUUCCUUUUUUCUUUUUCUUUUUUGUUGUUGUAAUAAUAAUAAUAAUAAUAAUAUACGUCUCCAGUCUCCCACUCUUAGGCACUUCACUCCCUCGGAUUCCUUGAGGACGUAUGAAAACCGGACGAAUAAUCACAUGAAGCCUCUGACCAGGCUGGCACCUAAAAGGCUCAGUGAGGGCCCUCUCACAGUCGUGGUGCCGUCCAUGUCCAACGGACCCACACGCCUAACGUCUGCACCUUCACAAGGAAUUUUUAUACAAGGGCGCCACUUUCAGCACGCACAACUGCCCUCCGCAAUAAGGAAACCAGUCCAAAGCCUUGAUUUGAAGGAAAGAAACGACUUCUCCACCACACAGCAAACUCUCGAGGUAGACAACAUCGUCCUCACCUGCCCAGAGAUGCCAGAGGAGGAGACCCUGAACAUAAAACGUCGUGUCCAGCAGAAGAGGAAACCGCUGGAGGGAUGCAGCUUUUCUUCGCAGGUCAAAGCAGCAGAGCCUCUCCGGUUGACCGUCUGCUCGAGGAUGUGUGUGAAGUGCAACAAACCGAGUAACGACAGCAACAAGUGUCAGAACUGUGGGAACAAUCUAUCGACGCCGCCGUGCCAGCAGACUACGCUGCCCACCCCGGCCCUGCGGCCCUCCAUCAGAUCCCAGCCCUCCUCUGGACCAAACAGCCUGCAGCAAAACUUUUACAAACCGGUCGUGACCGCAAGGGUUCCCCGCGGGGACGCCCUGUCAACACGGCUCGCGACCACCAGGGGGACCCUGCUGCCUCUGAACAACGGGAGGACACCCCUGUUAGCAGGGACGUCGAGCUGCUGCGCGGCCAGAAACCCACCCAAAGCUACGAGGACGGCGACGGCGGCACAGCAGCACGAACUGAACGAUCCUAUCGUCCUGUCCAGUGAUGAGGAGGAGGAAGAGGCCGACAACGCCAGCACAGGAAGCGUCAACAGACUGGACAGCGUUUCCCCUCGACCCGCCGACUCCGCUCACUCCUCUCCGGCGCCCUCCGGAGGCAGGGUGGAAGCGGCAGUGAAAAGCGUCGCAGAGGAGGAGGAGGUGAACCUGGACUUCUUUGAAGAAAUGGUGAGCACGAAGAUCACGAUACCUCGGCGAGCGCGGAUGAAAGAUCAGUUUGGGAAUCAACCUCCCGAGCAGUUCUCACCGAGGACGAAGAAACCCAAAAUUGAGUCCAGCCUGUGCGACAGCAUCAUCCUGGAGUGUCGGAGCGUAAGAGUGGGAUCUCUACGCAGGAUGGUGACGAAGCCCGUCGUCUUUUCCAUCGAGCACAUCCAGCUGGAGACCGAAGGCUCAGAGCGCGGCACUGUAGAGAAGGUGUGCCUUCAGGCGUCGGAGCUGAUCAGCUGCGAGUGGUGCAACGUGCGGAAACUUCCCGUCUUGUUCUUCCAGACGACCCCGCAGGAGUGCCAGCGCCUGCGCACUCAGCUCAACAUGUCCAAGGAGAAGGGAGGCCAGUGGUACGACUGCACAGGAGACGAGUCGGACGAGAAGUACAUCGUCCUCAUCUUCGAGAACGGCUUGCCGAUGAAGGAGCAGAUGAUCCUGGAGGACAUCCUGGGCGAGAUCGGCAGGACCAACAAACUCAUCCCCUUCCCUGCCAAGCUGCCCUUCGAGGAGGCCAACAUCCGACUCGUCAACUACAACAAGGCAACAAAGCAGAGGGAGGAGAAGGUGACGCCGGUACACACCCCACCCAAACUCACCCCCGCCUCCUCCCCAGUAACCAAGGCUUCACAGGUCUCCCCCGUAGCAUCCGUCAGCAUGCCUGUGCGCACGCGGAUGGCCACCCGACAGCAGACCAGCGCCUUCUUUGAAGAUGAUGAAGACGACAUGACCGACCUGCAGCCCACCUUCUCCGGACCAAUCGUCAAGUUAAUGGUGUACCCUCCUCCUCCAGCCAAAGGUGGAAUAACCGUCACUAAUGAAGACCUGCACUGCCUUAAUGAUGGGGAAUUCCUUAACGAUGUUAUCAUAGACUUUUAUUUAAAAUAUUUAGUUUUAGAGAAGUUAAAAAAAGAAGAUGCACAAAGAAUCCAUGUGUUCAGCUCUUUCUUCUACAAACGGCUGAACCAGAGAGAGCGCAGGAACGCCCCGGACACAACAAACCUGCCCAUCCAGAAAAGGAAGCACAACAGGGUAAAGACGUGGACUCGACAUGUUGAUCUAUUCCAGAAGGAUUUUAUUUUCGUUCCUAUCAAUGAGUCAGCGCACUGGUACCUGGCCGUUAUCUGCUUCCCGGGCCUUGACCGUCCGGUGCUUGAGCAGAACCCGCUGUACCACAGCCUGUUUCCCGCCACCCUCACCGCAGAGUCUGAGGAGAACAUCCCGGACCACUGCCGGCCUCUGUCUCCGGACAGAGACGGGCUGGACAGCUCCUCGGAGCAGCUUUCACCCGGAGGAGCUCCGGAGGGGUCCUUGGACGAUCUGACUGAUGGCGAACUCGCUACUGAAAGCCCUGCAUUCACGGAGGGUGGGCAGCAAGAGCCCUCUGCAAUGUCAGGGAACGGCCAGGUCAACGGCGAGCAACAAUACACGAGCGGAUUGCACAGAAUCAGUAUGUGCUACGGUUCAGGAAAAAUGGACGACGACCCCUACACCUUCUCCGAUGACCAGAGCUCCUGUCAGGUGCUUCAUUGCCUCCAUUUAUCAAUCAUAGAAGUAAUCUGCUUGGAGUGCAUAAAAUGCUUUAACGUUGAGGCUACUCGGACCUGCUCUGUGGGUUUCGUGGCGUCUGACUGCGUCUGCGUUUGUUUUAGGUACCUGGAGGUAGAGUGGGAGGUGCGUAAAGGCACUCAAAGGAGUUUUGGGAAGGACGUCAUGAAGGGUUCCAGCCCACGCGUCCCUCAGCAGGACAACUUCAGCGACUGUGGCGUUUACAUCCUGCAGUAUGUGGAGAGCUUCUUUGAGAAUCCGAUUCCCAGCUUCCACCUGCCAAUGAACCUGUUGGAGUGGUUCCCUCAGCAGAGGAUGAAAACGAAGCGCGAGGAGAUCAAGGAGCUUAUCCGAAAGAUUCAAGCUCAGCAGGAACUGGACAAGAAGGAGUCUGACCAGGUCGAGGCUCCGCCGGGCUCCCCAGAGGAGCCGGAGAUCGAAGAGACAUCUGGGUUGAACGGCAGACUGCCAAACAUACCCAUUAGACCCUGAAUCCACCUCACCCCCCUCCUGUUUGGCGUGGGAGGGGGGCGUGGACCUGAUUGUACGCUGCUGGUUUCACUUUGACGUGUCUGAAACGUUCCUCACCUCCCUCCGUUAACCACAGACCACACCUGAACUUUGUACUGAAUAAAUGAUGAAGUGUAAAUACGCCGGAGUUUCUCCCGCUGCCUUUGUAAUUUACUGUUAUACGAGUCAUUCAUGGAGUGCCCCGUUAAGUUAUGUUUCAUAGAUGUUCUUCUCUCUGCAGGAGGAUCCCUGCAGAAGAUACUGUCUCGCUCUCGCAUUGGUUAUUUUCUAAGCUUUCAGGUUUGUGUAGACAAACAGAAGGAGAAGAAUAAAAGAACAGAAAAUUGCUGUCUAAGUUAUAAGGAUCCACCCGUCUGAGGAGAGAAACGGUUUUUGGAGAGUUGAUUUCCAGCUCGUGAAUCACACGGUCGUAGUUCAGUGCUUGUUGUGUCUCUUCCAUGUGGAGUGGAUAAAUUUUCAGCAUUAAAAGAAAACUUUUGAUGCAAGAGCA